AUGAAUGGGACAGCAGUGACACACGGCGGACCGUUAGUCUCGUCCAUUGAAUUCGUCCUUCUCCAUCCAUUCCUCCAAGGACAAAACAGCUUAAUUGCAGCGUUGAUCGUGCUAGUGGCCAGUGCCUUUUUCAUAUUGAAUGCGCAAGCACCGAAGAUCCCCAACCAUUCAAUCUACUUCAAGAAUAAUGCAGGUAAGAAACUCCAGCUGAUGGCUGGGGACACGAGAUUUCGCAGGUUCCUCAAUGGCAAAGAUAUGUCCAAAGAGGGUUCCGUCAAGUUCGGACAGGACCCAUUUAUGGUGAAGAAUGGAAGGAGGAUGGAGCUAGUUGUCUCAACCCCAGAGCAGGUUAGAGAUUUUCUUGCUAAAGAUGCAACGGACCAUAUGAAGCGGUCUGAUUGCAACUUGGGGGACUAUUUUGUACGGACAUUGGGUAGCUGUGUCGGUGUAAAGAGCGGAGAGAAGUGGAGGACUGCUCGGCACCAUCUGGAACCCCAUUUCUCCUUCCCCACGGCGGCAUCGAUGCUCUCAAAUUGUCGUGAGAUGAUUCUCAACUGGGCUCGAAACCUAGCCGAUGAUCCCAUGGUUACUUCAAAAACGAGAAAUGGUUUCGAUUUUGAUGCUGUUUCAGCUUGUCGUCAGCUUCCGUUCCGGCUGAUUGCAUUGGCACUGUACAAAGAUAUGCUCACUGAAGAUAUGUUUGAACAAUUAUGGGCAUUGAAUGCAUUGCAUGAAAAAGUCACAAAUAUCGCCUUCUUUAGCAAAUGGCCAACAAAGAGCUUUUACCGCUGGCUGCCAACAGAAGCAAACUCUCUGUUGAGUGAGUAUGAACGAGAAUGGGAAAAACUCAACCUCAAGACUAUCAUGGAGGCAAGAAAGACCGGGAAAUCUUGUCCUGCUGAAGUUAUGUAUCAAGGAGUGGAAGCUGGGGAGCUCACAUUGGACACAUAUAUGCAAUCAUUGGACGAAAUCCUUUUCACAAAUAUUGAUGUGACCUCGGCCAUGAUGGGCUACGCAUUGAUCAGCGUUGCGAAAAAUUUGGAGGUCCAAGAGUCCCUUCGUUCCGAGAUAUUGACUGUCGGCAAAAGUGCCGCAGAGAUUGCUGAGUAUACGCGAAAAGAAGAUACGAUACUUCACAAGACAUACUUGGAAGUACUCCGAAAUAACCCCCCAACAUGGUACUCCCUCCCCGAGCUUACGGCUAUAGAUAAGCGAAUUGGGGGCUAUCUAAUUCCCGCCGGAACCGCUGUUGUGUUAGAUCUUCAACGACUGAACAAAGAUUCACCCGUGUGGCAACCGGACGGUAGCGAAUUCCGUCCUGGACGCUGGGACUCGAUUUCACCAGUCGCAGCCCGGUACAGUCUCCACGGCUAUGGCAUGGGACCCCGGAAGUGUUUAGGCAAGAACUUUGCCAACAUAAUCAUUAAGCUUCUUCUAGUCACAACACUGGAAGAGUUCACGCUUAGCGCGGGAACCGACGAGACCAAGCUGAGAAAAGAUAGGUUCACUCGUACGCCAGAUGACGUGGUCUCAUUUCAGGUGCGAAGGAGUGGAUCUAAGUGA